CUUAAAUAUUUAACAUUUUCAUAUUUAUGCUAAUUUUAUAUUCUAAUAAAUUUUUUUAAACUAGCUUUUUACAUAUGAAAAAUAAUAAUAUUUUUUUAUCUUAAAGGCAAUCAUUAAGAUUGAUGGGUAAUACCCAUGGGUACCUCCCGGUAGGUUUGACCGACUGGAAGGUUUUGAUAAUUGACAAACACAAUUUUUUCAAGUCAAGAUCAAAGUGCUACAACGACAAACACGAAGACUUGAAGUGCCAUUCCUUGAAGUAUUCAAGAAGGCGCACGGAACCACCCCCUCGCGAUGAACCCCAACACAACCGGGUGCCCCAAGGAGAAGAAGAAGCGGAAAGCCAUCAUAGGCACACGGUUCGCACCCACAUAGAGCAACCCAGGGACCGUGUGGGCCGGGUUGAAUCACGUUUGGAGAAGUUGCAACAACGGGUGGACCGGGACGAGAAGAAGAAAAUCUUACUAAACGAAUCUCCGUUCACUGACCGGGUUCAUGAGACCCCGUUUCCAAAGAAGGCAAAGCUUGAGGUCCCGAAAUUCACCGGGAAGGAGGACCCGGAAAUACACGUCAAAACCCUCUACCAGAGCGGGAGGAUGAUGGGCCUUUCUGGGGAUGAAAAAUGUUUGCUUUUCUUCCAGACCCUCCAUGGCCGAGCCGCUGAGUGGUUUCACAACCUCCCGGCCGGCGAGAUCGAUUCUUUCGACGAACUGGCCGAGGUGUUCCAAGAGAAGUUCAAGGAAAAUUGUACCAAGAGGAAGAAAUUCACCUAUUUGAGUAUGGACGGGCAGAGAGAACACGAGGAUCUAACGAAGUUCCUCACCCGGUGGAAGGAUGAGGUGGAUAAGGUGGAGGAAAUGGACGACAAAACAGCCAUGUCCCUGCUGGUCUCCGGGCUUUGUUCCGAAGAAUUGUAUAAAGAUUUCUGCCGGAGCCCUCCCCAUGUUAAGGGGGUAAUAAAGCAGAUGAUCGAGGCAAGAGAGCUUGACCCAGAGUAUCUGGCUGAGGCGAAACCAAAGAAGAACCAUUGGGUCAGGCCCGAAGGACAACCGGCCGAGCAGAAUAAGAAGAAGAAAGUCACCGCCGGCAAGGAGCACUUUCAGAUCAUCUAUGGUGGACCGGAAGGUGGAGAUUCUGCUUCCCAAAGAAAGAAGUGGGGACGGGAACUCUAUGUCGGCACGGUCGCCUUGGAUCCUCGGAGGAAGCAAACCAGAAGGGAGUCGAUCACUUUCACAGAUCGGGACCUUCCCGCCACCGGUGAAGAUCACAAUGAUCCCUUGGUCAUAACCAUGGAUAUGGGUGGAGUCGAUGUCUCCCGGGUACUCGUUGACACGGGCAGUAGUGUCAAUAUUUUGUACUUAGAGGCAUUUGAGAAACUCAAGCUGUGUCGAACACGGCUUGAGCCCUUGAAGACUCCCGUGUCCGGGUUCACUGGGGACUCUGUUGAAGCUAAGGGAUCAAUCCUCCUAACUUGCGAAUUGGGCACGGGAGACAAGUUCUAUACCCCGGGCGGUAUAGGACACGUUAGAGGAGAUCAGAAGAAGGCCCGGUCUUGUUACUUAGAGGCUGUAAAGAAAAUGACCAAGGCAUUUGAAAGGGUUACCCUGGUUUCCCAGGAAGAGGAUCGGUCAAAGCUGGAACCGGUUGACGAGACCGAGCAGAUUGUUCUCCGGGAAGCAUUUCCGGAGAGAAUGGCAAUGAUCGAUGGUAGCCACCGAUAUAUUUUUGCUUGGAGUGUGGCGGACAUGCCGGGCAUCGACCGAUCGGUUAUAUGCCACCGGUUGGCAAUUAUCGAUGGUAGCCAGCUGGUCACCAACAACGAGACGGAGUACGAGGCAUUAGCCGGUGGACUCAGAUUAGCCCGGGCGCUUGAGAUAAAGAGAAUGAGGAUCCGUUCUGAUUCAAGCCUGGUCCUCGGCCAGGUCAACGGACAAAUGGAGAUCAGAGAGGAGCGUCUGGCCCGGUAUAGUGACCUGGUCCGAGCACUUCUAAGGGAGUUAGAAGAGUUUCAUCUGACCAGGAUACCCCGGACAUGCCAAGUCUUUUACAAACAUCCCGGCAGACUGGCUACAUAUUAUCAACCGACCUCUAAUGUCAUACCCUUUGCCCGAUUUGGGAUUGACAUUAUUGGGGCUUUCCUGGUCGCGCCAGGAGGGAAGAAGUUUGUGAUGGUCGCUAUUGAUUACUUUACUAAGUGGAUAAAAGCCGAGGCGAUGGCCACUAUAAACGUACGACAAUGUGAAAAAUUCAUUUGGAAAAACAUUGUCACCCAAUUUGGAGCCCCAAAAAUGAUUGUCACCGACAACGACCCACAGUUUCGCAACACCCGGUUCACUGCAUACUUGGCUAGUUUUGGAAUAAAACAUAACAAGGCGUCAGUGGCAUAUCCGCAAGGAAAUGGCCAAGUUGAAAAUGCUAACCGGACGAUAGUGGACGGGAUAAAGAAGAGGUUGGGUGAAGAAGGGCACAAGUGGUUGGAAGCACUACCUCACACGAUCGGGGCGCACAGAGUCACCUCGAGAAGAGCAACCAGGGAGACUCCUUUCGUGCUUACUUAUGGAUGUGGAGCCCGGUUUCCAAUUAAGGCAGAAUUCCCAACGUUUAGAGAGACCAUUUAUCAGCCCGAUCAGAACGAAGCCGACCACCUAGCUGAGUUAAAUCUGGUGGAAGAAUGAAGGACCAUGGCAGCUGUCAAGAUGGCCGGCUACCAGCAGUCAGUAAAGAGAUAUCAUGACAACUGGGUGGGUCCACGUUACUUCCAAGUGCAUGAUGAAGUCUUACGCAGAAGGGAUGCCAGUAAGCCUAAUGAAAGGGGCAAGCUAGUGCGCAACUGGGAAGGACCCUAUCGCAUAAGGGCGAUCAUCAGGCCGGGCACUUAUCAGCUAGAAACCAUGGAAGGAGGGCGAGUUGACCGGCAUUGGAACUCUCACCACUUGCGUAAAUUCUUUAGAUAAAGUGUAAUGAGUUCCCGGUUAUGAAUAAAACUUUGUUCUUUUC